UACAUCCGUUUAACAGUUAACCAAGUUUAAUGAUUAUAUGUACUUUACUUCCACUCAUAGCACACUAAAAAUGAAUGGGAAACUUUUUUGUAUAUCUGUGUUCCUUGUGUUUAAUAUUAAUUUUACAUUUUGUGAUAAGAUUUUAUCGAGGAAAAGACGAUAUCUAACAUUUCCAGAAGGAUCCAGUUUAUCGGUGGCCAUUUGUAUGACAGCCCAGAUGGGAAUAACACCGGGAGAAAUAUUUACCGAAGGCAUUAAUUGGGGAAUAUCGUACGAAUUACCAAACGAUACUAAAUCUUUUAAGGACUUUAAAGAGCCAUUAGCUGCAACGAAGCGUAGAAACCGACGUGAUUUAUAUGGAAAAAUGGAAACUUUAAUUGAUUCCGUGGGGUAUAAUGGGAGAAGGUGUUUAUUGAGGGCGUUGUGUGAGACUUCGGAAAAACUAAUUUUCAAAGAAAAUAAUCUUUUAGAUAAAGUUUUAAGUAUUGUUUUCAGAUUUCCUCAGCAAAAGUUAUUGACAAACGAGCCAGAAGAGCACAGACUUUAUCACUGGGCAUCGAGAAUGGGAUUUGGAGACGAAAAGAAUGGAUGCGCGGAAUUCCAUGAUUGUCCCUUCUCCUUGAUUGAUAUGGCCUUGGGUUAUCACUCUUCGGUCGAGAAUUUUGUAUAGUUAUAAUAAAUUUUAUUGUUAA